AUGGCGAACGCUCCGGUGGCAUUUGCGGCGAUUUUAUUUGUUCUGACGGCUCAGCUGCCUUUGGGGCUCACGUUUUCCACUGGCCCGGCAUUUCUAUGGUCGCCUAAUCUUGAUGGAAAGAAAGGAAUUGUGGAUUACAGAGUUCUUUCUCCAAGAGAAAUGGCCAAGUCCGCUUUGACGGAUGGUGGAUGGCAGGAAUAUUUGUGCGCAGGAGAGGAAGCUCAGCACUCUAAGAAUUUUGCAUUCCUUUUUGUUGGGUCUGAGUUGCAAUCACAGGAUCUAUCCCGACCCUCAAAUGUUGAUCGUGCUCUUGUAGACUUGCUCAAGGACUCUUUCUCGAACUCCAAUCUCUCUUUGGUAUUUCCUUACAUUGCUGCUGGAGAGGAGAAUGUGGCCGUAGAAAGCUCUCUAAUUUCAGAGUUGGCUGAUACUUGUCAUCGUGAGUUCGGGAUUGGCCGUAUUGCUACUGUUGGAUCGUGUUCUGUAGAGGGUGAAAACAUCGAUAAUCUGAACGAUGUUGACUCAGUUCAUGACUACUUGAAUGCAAGGAUCGAGAAAUCUGACGGCCGUAGGGAUCUGAUUGUGUUGUGCCCUGGAGAUUCAGAAGACUCUGAACAACCACAUUCUGAGAGCAGCAUACUUUCUCGACUUUUGAAUACUGUGAGUCAAUUGGGUGCGAAGUACAGUGUUCUCUACAUCUCAGAUCCGUUUAGAUCUUCUAGUUAUUUCUCACAUCGGGGGCUAGAAAGAUUUCUUGCUGAAGGUGGCUUGGGAAACGCAUCAGCUAAUUCCACGGCUUGUGAUGGAGUUUGCCAGAUCAAGUCAUCUCUGUUAGAGGGAAUUCUAGUGGGAAUCGUUCUACUUGUGAUUUUGAUAUCGGGGCUUUGCUGCAUGAUGGGAAUCGAUACUCCCACAAGAUUCGAGACUCCACAAGAUUCUUGA